CAGCCAAUUCGGGGGGGGCUCGUCCAUUUUUCGGUGUGAGUCAGGCACGUCGGUGGGGUGAUGCUACGACGUUGGGAAGGGGCCGGGAAAGCCGCGGGAGGCGGCGGGGAGCGGCCCGCCCGCCCAGGGCUGUACUCUCUGCCGUGCCGCCGCUGAGGGGAGCGCUGCUGCUUCCUCCUCCUCCUCCUCCUUCCCUUCCCGCGCCGGGGCCGGCGCCAUGGCUGGGGGCGCUGGGCCGAGCCGCGCACCCUAACGGAGCGGUGCCCGCCCCCGCCGCGAGGCUUGAGGGUCGCGUCCUGGUAUCGAAAGGAAGAGCCGAAAAUGAGCCUCGCCCGGAGCUGAGCUGUUUCUCCUCAAGCUGAGGGAGGACGGGGACUACACAGAGGCCGUCCUUGCAUUUCAUGGUCCAUCAGCUCGGCAGCAUUUUGGCUUUGAUUCCAUCUUGCUGCUACCUGUUCCUGGACAGUGUCGGGGAGGAGAAGAGGCACCAUCCCACCAUGUCUCGUUACAGCCUCCAUAAUCUUUUGGACUGGAUGUAUGGGGGUGUGGACCCCAGCUUUGCUGGUAACGGGGGGCCAGAGUGCGCGGCCUUUCUCUCUGGGCAGCAGCGUCUUCUGGAGAGCGUGGUCUUCCUCAGUGUGGGAAUCGUGGAAAUCCUUCUGUCCCUCUGGAAACUCAGGCAGCUGCACUUGAGGGACCUGGAGGGUCAUCUGCUGCUGCAGCCCCAGACUAAGCAGGAGAGUUUGGGCAAGAAUGUGCUGCUGGUGGUGCUGUGUCUCAUCUUUGGGCUGGAGAUGGGGUUCAAGUUUGCUACCAGGACUGUCAUUUACCUCCUAAAUCCUUGUCACGUUGUUACCAUGAUGCAGAUUUUUCUUCUUGCCUGUCCCCCAUGCCGGGUUGCAAUGAUUCUCUUCAGGUUGCAGAUGCAUAUGCUGAAUGGGGCCCUCCUGGCAUUGCUGUUUCCAGUUGUUAAUACACGCCUGCUUCCAUUUGAAAUGGAAAUUUAUUACAUCCAGCAUGUGAUGCUUUAUGUUGUGCCCAUCUAUCUGCUGCGGAAAGGAGGUAUCUACACUCCAGAACCACUCUGCAAUUUCUGGUGGGCUCUUUUAUCCACGGGGUUUAUGUUUGUAUAUCAUUUUAGCAUCUUGCAGAUUCUGGGCUUGGUUACAGAAGUGAAUUUGAACAACAUGUUGUGCCCAGCCGUCUCAGAUCCUUUUUAUGGGCGCUGGUAUCGAAUUUGGGCAUCUGGACACCAGACUGUCAUGACCAUGACUCAUGGGAAGCUUGUAAUCCUACUGUUUUACAGUGCUGUCCCCAUCUUUAAAUGUAGCAUGGACUUGCUUAGACUCCCAGCUAAGAAAAUAGACUGAAAUGUCUCCUCACGUAGUAGUACAUACAGGAAGCAGAUAUACUUAUACUGGAAAACAAAGAGGAGGGAUGAGAGGACAAUGGGUUUAUAUUUCUCCCCACAGUUUAUUGCCUCAGAAACACCUCUAUAACCAAGUGAGGUUUUUUUUAACUGCUGUUUCUCACUGCCUGUUGCCAGUGGCAAAAUUAGUGGCCUUAUUCUGGAAAAGGUUCAUGUUUUAUACAUUUUGUGUAGAUUACAGUAGAAUCUUACUAAGCCACCGUUGAAAAUGAGGCCAGGAUCUGUCCACAUUCCAGCAAAGACAGUGGCAGUGCUACCUCGUUUUGACUUACUUUCCAUUAAAUAUAAGUACACUUAUAGCAUAGGAAAUUAAGCACCACUCUAGUGAUGUGAACAGAACACAUGUUGAUAUGCAUCAUCUUGGCUUAACUCUUAGCACUUGGAAGUUGAAAAAUGAUCACAGUGGAACGGUGUACACUUGAUCUCCCAGUCGUAAGUGCAAAACGGGGAGGUUCCCCUAUAUUUCUUUAAGCUGGUUGAAAAUAUUGGGGAACAAUAACUCAUUAAAAAAAAAAAAAGGCUUUUUGGUUGACUGUUGAAUUUCUAAGCCGCUGUGGAUGAAUAUCUGUCUGGCUGAGUCCCAUCAGGUCUUGAUGCUUUGGGGAUGCUUUUAUCUGAGUGAGUGGAAGAACACCAUGUUGAAACAGUUUCAAAAGACCAUGUUACGUAUAAGAUAUGAUGAGAUAUUUUAUCCACUGUUCUGACCUGACUUUGAGCAAAAUGUUGUUUUUUUCACUUAGCUUGUACAGGAGAAGGAGUGGAGAUACAAAAACCAAUGCUAACUUUAGAGUUUUCUUUUUUUUUUUUUUUACUCACUAGCUUUUGAAACAUAAACAUUCCUCCUCUGUGUUCUGCACUGAUCCUCACUCAGUAGAGUGGUUAGUGAAGAAAAAAUGAAACCAUGUUCUCUCUCCACACCUCUAAUACAUUCUUUAUACUGAUUGCAGAAUACACUCAUAAAAAGGAACUCAAAUCAGUGUAGGCCUCUACUGAGAAGAAAGUGUUCCAGUUUACUAGUAUGACUGAAUCUUCCUGUCAACAUGUCUUUUGGAGAACAGGAUGUAGAUAGAACGAUAAAUAGUAAGGUGUGUGUACUUGUUCAAAUUUUCCAAUGCUAGAGAAGAAACUGUUGGGCAGAAGAUGGGAAACCUUAAGUGUGUUUCUCCCGAUGGUUAAUUGUGAGCCUCUUAGGCAGACUGUUGUAUUUCAGGGCUGCAGGAGUUUUGUUGUACAGAAGUUUGUUGCAAUUUAUAGAUUCAUUGUGUUGUCAAAGCUGUGACUUGUAAGAUAAAACCAUCAUACCUCCUCCAGCUGGGUCACCUGAAGAGAUGUUUGAUAUAUUGUGAAGUUAAGGUACAGUCAUUUAUACCUCAAGAAGGAAAAGUAAGAAUGAGAAGUGGUUGCCUUUUUUUUGUUGCUGUUGUUUUUUCCUUUCUCCUUAAAUGUUUCAUGGUGAGGGAACAAAUGGCAACUUCAAAUAUUUUUACUCCAUAUGAUUAAAGAAAAGGACGAAUCAAAGAUCUACUGUCCCACAUUCUAACUUACAAACUAGUAUCUGGCUUUCUUCCAUGCCUUGCAGUGUAUAUAUAUACAUCACAAAUAUACUGUACUCUCCCAACACGAGACCAUGUGGCACAUGCCCAGACUACCCAUCAAACAUGUAUAGCUUGGCUUAGUUAUACAGACUGUAUGGUUCCUUGUGUUUUUAAUCAGAAUUCAGAAAGCAAAUCACCUGAAAACAACUACCAGUAUUCAGAGUUACCUGUCAGUUGUUGAGCUUUCAAAUGUUUAAGUACAUAAUGAAUUAAAUUACAUAGUAGUCCCACUGCUGCCUCAGUAAAGCGGGGCUUGUAUUGCUUGUGGAUUGGAGCCUGAAGGAGGAAUCUGUUGGUACUGAAGGCCUGAAUCUGUGGAGUUAGCUCUGACUGAGCUGCUGAAGUGAUAGAAGUUCUUGCUGUUUAUUUCAGCAGAUUCAGUAUUUCCUGAUGAAAUGCAGGGUGUUGCUGGGAGAUGCUGAGAUGCACAGUGCUGGAUUUUAAAGCAUGUCCCCAAAAUACUUCAUGAAAUAGCUGAAUGAAACCUACAGUGAUUCUUCCCUCCCCAUCGUUACUGUCAAGUGCAUGAUGGCUUAUAUAUUUACUUAAGAAUUUGGCAAAAUGCCUUAUGUUGGAUGCAGUCCUGUUGGGAAGGAAUGUUUUGGUAUCACAGUAGAAUGAUUUUAGCCACAUUUUGCAAAUGGCAUUUUUAUUUGCUUUUAUUUGCUUUUGUUUGUAAGAAUUUUACCUUAUUUUAAAUAUUUUCUUCAAAAUGUUGUAGCUCCUGGAAAAAAUUCCUGUGGAAAGUAGCAGCUUUUUUUUUUUUUUUUAAACUCAACAUUUCCUCUCUAUAUUCAUAUGCUUCAGGGCAUUCUAAACAAUUAUGAAACAGCUGCUGUUUACCACCACUGACUGCCUCUGGUCAAUGAAGACUGCAGAAGCAUUUAAAUAAGCUCAGGUGUCUCGCUCAUUGCAGGCUGGUUUGGAAUGCAAAAUAUGAGCUCUUCUGACUGACUGACUGGAAUUCAGUAGCAGGAACGGUAAUGGAAUACAGCUGACAGGAGGGAAAUCACUGGGGCAUUUUGGAUGAAAGGAUUCUUGGUGUAGUUGUACCACUUGUGCCAUUUGACUUUGAUAGCAGAGCCACUGUAAGUGGUUGUUCCUGCCUUCCUCCCACUCUGUACCACAGAUGUCUCUUUCAGUCUCUGUGCUGUGCCACUUGCUUUUCUCCCUUAUGCUGGUCCAGUUGUUUUGAGUCACACUAGAAACUUCAGGCAUAAUUUCACAGCAUGGAGUGUGCUGACAAAACUGCUCAUCAGAGCCGAUGGGACACUUGCAUUUCCACUCCAAACCAUACCAGUGCAUGUUCUGGAGCUUGUAAAAUUCUUCUGUACUAAUUUAAGUUGUUUAAAUGCUUAACUGAACACGGUAAUUCAGCAGAAAGCUAGAGAGAUAAGCCAAUUUCUACACUUAGCAAGAAUUUUAGAAGUAUUUGAGCUGCUAUAAAAGGGUUGAAUGGUGCAAGUGGAGUCAGGCAGGAGGGAAGGCAGUAGAACCUUCACCUCUUUGACAGUCAGCUGUUGCUUUUUUACUUGUACAGCAUCAGUGAAGCUGGCUGAGUUAGAGCAGAAUCAUUUCAGUUGGAAAGGACCUUUAUGAACAUCGAGUUCAACCAUAAACUUUACACUGCCAAGUCCAUCACUGAGCCAUGCCUCUACAUGCCACAUCUGCAUCUGUUAAAUUCCUCCAAGGAUGGUGACCCAGCCAUUUCAGUGGGCAGCCUGUUCCAAUGCUUGACAACCAUUUUGCUGAAGAAAUUUUCCCUAUUAUCCAAUCUAAGCCUCCCCUGGCAUAACUUGAGGCCAUUUCUUUUCGACCUGUGGCUUGUUACUUGGGAGAAGAGACUGACAUCUACCUCAUUACACCUGCUUUUCAAGUAGUUGUAGAGAGUAAGCUUCCUUUGCUCCAGGCUGAACAACCUGAGCUUCCUUUGCUCCAGGCUAAACAAACCCAGCUCCCCCGGCAGCUCCUCAGAAGGCUUGUGCUCCAGAUCCUUCUCCAGCUUUAUUGCUCUUCUUCACUCUAGCACCUCAAUGUCUUUCCUGUAGUAAGAGGCCCAAAAGUGAAGUUAUUCCCUCCCCUUCCUUGCCCCUUUUUGAAUGUUUUUCAAACUUAGUAUUUCAUUUUAAUUUAUGAUAUGGUGCCACAAAAGAUUGUAUCAGCAUAGCUGAAACACAGGCUUCACAGAGAGUGAAGAAUGGGUCCGAAUGGGAGCAGAAAGAGAAUGAACUUCUGAAGCCAAUGUCCUGGAACUUCACAUCCUAUAUUCCUCAGCUGUCUCUGGUGUCUGUUUGGAAUAUGCAUCAGACAGAAUUUGUUCAACGUGCAGGAUAUUGGUUUGAAUGGGAAAGUAGAAUACUUCAUCUCCAGAGGGGUUAUUUAUCCUGUUCCCUGGCAGAGGCUGAUUUUCUUUUCCUAGAAUGGUUUAUUUUAUAUGGAUGAUCUCUUCGGUUGCUUUUAUCCUUAUGUAUGCUGGAAAUUAAAGAGCAAAACUCUACUGCUGUUGUUGAAAGCUAAUUGGCAUUCUCUCCUGGGGUAUUCUGCACACUAUCUAUGUCAAGAAAACUUAAAGCUGUUGCCCAAUAUCUGAUGAUGAGAUUUUUCCAUAGCAGCAGUGCAGUGUACAAUUGGAAGGGUCCUCCCUGGUCAAAUGUUCCAAAAUCUUUGGUCAGAGUGCUAACAAUUAUGACAACAUGAGCAAUAGCUAUGGGGCAGAGCAGAAGGUGGACCACAGAGCCAGACAGACUGUUCCUUUCAGCAGGAGCUUAAGCUGACUAUAAAACCUCACCACUAGCAACUCAGGCACUGCACCAGAACCAGUUCUUGUGUGGUGCUAAUGCCUUGACUUCACACAGAAGUUGGUAUGUGUCGAGGUGUCUAAACACAGCCCUCUACUCUCUUAAGUUUUGGUAUUGUAGGCACCUCCUAUUUAAGAACUAAGGAGUGAUGAAAUUACUCUUUCUGCCAGUGAACAACUGUUUCAGUUUGCCUCCAAAAGUACACGUAAAUGAAGCAUUAUCAACUACAGUAAAUUUGUUCACUGAUGGGUUUAUUUAUGUAGCCUUACAGUAAGUAGCCCAGAAAAGUCAAAUUUCUGCACCCACCAUAACAUCUGGCCAUUCACCUAUGAAUGUUGAGGUUGUUGUGCCAAGGCUUUAGCUGUCCAGGAUACAUGUGGUGCUGUUCUUCAAGGAUUCAGGCACUCUUUGCAGUGUUUGAGCUCCAUCUGUUUAUUUUACAUUCUCCUAUUUAAGCACCAAAGAAGAAUUUGCAUCUUGUUUCUUUCAAAGGGUUAAAAUUAACAGCUCUUGAGCAUGCUCGUAUAAAUCAAUGAAAAGCCACAGUCUAUAAACACAACUUGGUUUUGGUUCAGCUUCUUGGGGCUUGAUACAUGCUGCUUAUAAGCAAAGGCUCCUUGUCCUUAAGCAGAUGCUGCCUUGGAAGACAAGAAAAGUCACUCCAUUUACAUACCUUGAGAUUCUAGAGUACCUCAUUGUAGAUUUAUCCAUCUGUUUCUGGCCACAAUCAGGGUUUUGAUAUUUCUGUAUAUUUGAUAUCAUUUUGUAAAGCCCAAUGGUAUUUUUCUUCCCGAAACGGCUAUCUGCAACUGUUAAAUUACUGUACUUUUAUGUCUUAAGUCUUGCAUAUAAACCCAAGGCAUCUGUUUUCUAUGCAUCUAUAGCUGAUGGAAAAUCUGAAUGUGCUGGUGUUCUCAGUGUUGCCGUUGUUCACUAGAGGUGGAUUCUUAGGAAUUAUGUUAGUCCUGUUAGUUAACAAAGCUCUGAAAAGGCCAAAACCCAGGAAGAGGAUGUAUGUCAGCCCUGUUAGGAGGCAAAAUGUUUCUGUGGGCAGACAAGUCAACUCCGAUGUUUUCAUUUUUACAGUGACAAGACUCAUAACAAACCUGUUGAUUUUUGUGAUCUUGUACUUAAAGUGAUAUUGCUGUAAAUCUGUCUCGCAGCUUUUAGUGUAACUUAGUCAAAGCCAAGCUGGUUUUUAAAUGAUUUUAUUUUUCUUCAGGGCCAAUUUUGUACUUUUUUUAACUUAUUUCUGCAUUUACUGAGUCAUUCUCUCAAUGCUGCAGAGGACGCAGCAGGCAGAACAGUGAGUAUACCCACACCACUCUCACCAACCAGGCUGUGCUGGGGAGCGGGGCUCAGGCACUGCCCUGAAGCACAAAGCAGUCUUGAGAAGCUUGCAGUUCUAGUUCUGGAACUCUCUAGUUCAAACAUGGCAUUAUCCAGGCACAGAAUGGUAUGGCAAGGGUGAGGAUGGAUGUGGAGAGGCUCAACUGCCACGUAUGCUGUUAGUUCUGAAUAAUUUGUAAGAGUGUUAUAAAUUUUGUAAACUUUUUAAUGUGCUAAAACUUGGUUAUGAGGUAACAUUUACAAAUAAGGGGUAAUUUGUGUACUUGGUUUUAUAUUUUGGUCUGACGGUAUUUUUUGUUGUUGUGCCCCGAGCCCAGAUUACUGGGCAAAUAGUUGUUAAACCUUUGAAUUAAAACAAAUAAAUGCAUUUUAAUGGA